AUGUCAGAAAAAACCCAAUUUCAUACGAAAACGGAUGAGUUAGCAUACAAUAAUGAAACCUCCAUUAUAUCAUCUUGCCCUUCCUUCUCCACACUUUUAUCGUCUUGGAAUAUUCCAAAACUAGGUGGUCAUGUGCUGUUACCAGACUCUGACAAUGAAAUGGAUGAAGGCGACUAUGAUGACCUGGAUGGAAAUGAAGCCCUUGAGGACCUUCCUUAUGUAGUCAACCCUGUGACGCUUCAAGACUUGUCUUCUAGAAGUGCCGCUGAGAAGUUAUCGGCCCUAAGGCUCUUGAUGAAGAAAUACGGGGUAGGUGUAUACAUUAUUCCUUCAGAGGAUGAGCACCAGUCUGAAUAUACGGCCCUUGCUGACAGAAGAAGAGAAUUUCUCACUGGCUUCAAUGGAAGUGCAGGAAUUGCGGUGGUGACUUUGGACGAUGGUGACAAGUUGACUGGUGAGGCUGCACUUUCCACCGAUGGAAGGUACUUCUUGCAAGCUGAGAAGCAAUUGGACAGUAAGUACUGGAAAUUGCUUAAGCAGGGUUCCGCUGGGUAUCCUACUUGGAAACAAUUUGCUAUUGAUAAGGCAAUUGGCUCCAAGUUCUCGAACGUUAUAUCAGUAGACCCCAAGUUGAUUUCUGUUUCAGUGGGAGAAUAUUUUAAUAGAGCAAAGACUUUACAAUAUCAAAACAAGUAUGAUUUCAAGCCGAUUCUUACUCCAAACUUAGUUGACGAAGUCUGGGGAGAUGAUAAACCGCUGAGAUCCUUAGAACCUGUCUAUCACUUGCCAUUGAAAUUCAGUGGAUUACACACGAAUGAGAAAUUAGAGCAAAUUAGGAAAUAUGUCUAUACUUCCUUAUUCUCUUCAGCUUCUUAUAUAUAUUCAAAUAGAGCUUCUCAAGGGUUUACAUUUGUGGUGACUUCGCUUGAUGACAUUGCCUGGUUGUUCAACCUUCGUUCGGACACUGAUAUCCCAUUUAAUCCAGCAUUUUUCAGCUAUGCCAUCGUCACCCAUGAAAAUGUAACAUUGUACAUUGAAAAGAUUAAAUUGAAGGCUCCAGAAGUAGAGAAAUAUUUAUCAACUGUGAAAGGUUUGAUCGUUAAAGAGUACACUGAAUUCUACUCAGACAUUAUGGAGUUGAAAAGUACAAUCCAAGAUGACUCGGCUCUGAAUGUCAUCCUCCCCUCAAAGCUGACAUUGACCUACGCUCUCCUCUCCUCCAUACCACACUCUACUGCUAAGGCUAAUGCAAAGUAUGUAUCUAUAAUUUCCAAUAUGAAACUUGUGAAGAACUCAACUGAGUUGUUUAAUGCUAAAAUCGCACAGUAUAAAGAUUCAUUGGCAUUUAUUUUGUUUCUGUCAUGGCUUGAGCAUCAAUUGGUUAACAGAAAUAACAGAACUUUAACCGAGUAUCAAGCUGCUUGCAAGAUCUAUACCAUCAGGUCGAAAUUUCCUAAUUUCAAGGGACUUUCUUAUGAAACUAUUUCUUCUACGGGCCCUAAUGCUGCUAUCAUUCAUUACGCUCCAACUCCUGAAGAAAAUUCUAUUAUAGAUCCAAACACUCCGUAUUUAAUCGAUUCGGGUGCACAUUAUUUAGAAGGCACUACUGAUAUAACCAGGACGUAUAUGUUCGGGAAAUAUGCCAAACUGGCUCCCAAAAAAUACUCUGAAUGGUAUACGCUCGUUUUAAAGGGACAUUUGGCUGUUGCAAUGGCUAAAUUUCCUCCUGGUUCUGGUUCAACUGGUGUAAUACUUGAUGCAUACGCUAGGCAACCUUUGUGGAAUGAAGGACUAGAUUUCAACCACGGAACUGGGCAUGGAGUAGGGUCUUUUGGUAAUGUCCAUGAAGGUCCUCUUUACAUUCUGUCUAUUUAUAAUGGUGAAUUAGAUCUUUUUAAAGAAGGAAGUAUCUUAACUGAUGAGCCAGGGUACUACGUAGAUGGUGAAUGUGGAUUUAGAGUAGAAAGUGAGUUGGAAAUCAUUAAAUGUGGUGAUAAUCUUGGAAAAACUAGGAGUGGAGAGAACUUCUUUGGUUUCAAAUAUCUCACCAAAGUACCUUUUUGUAGGAACCUUAUUGACAAGAGUUAUCUUUCAGAUACUGAAAUUAAUUGGAUCAACAACUUUCAUGAGAGUAUAUUGAGCGAGUUUGGUGACAGGUUGUUGGAAAUGGGUGAUAAAAGAGCUUACAAGUGGUUGGUAAAAGAGACUAAACCCAUUUGA